GUUAGCCGCUAUAAAACAGCGCUGGAACAGUGAGUGACGUAGUUCAGGAAUGAAAAAACAAUAGAGACCUUCUCAAAGACCACGGCAUCCCACAGCUCUGAUCGUCCUUCUCAUAUUUCCCUACACUGUAACCCAAGGAUUUGGUCAAGAAAAUGGCCACCUCAACAAGUUCAAAAUUGAGCAAAGCUGUAAAGCAGCAUUACAUGGACCUCCCUCAAGGGGACAAGGUCCAAGCAAUGUACAUAUGGAUUGAUGGCUCUGGAGAGGGACUAAGAUGCAAGACCAGAACUUUGGAUUCUGAACCCAAGACCAUAGAGGAACUUCCAGAGUGGAACUUUGAUGGCUCCAGCACUUACCAGUCAGAGGGCUCCAACAGCGACAUGUUCCUGAUCCCCGCCGCCAUGUUCAGGGACCCGUUCAGGAGAGACCCCAACAAGCUGGUGCUCUGCGAGGUGCUCAAGUACAACCGCAAGCCGGCAGAGACCAAUCUGCGUAAUACCUGUAAACAGAUCAUGAGCAUGGUGGAUAACAACCACCCGUGGUUCGGUAUGGAGCAGGAGUACACUCUCCUGGGCACCGACGGACAUCCCUUCGGUUGGCCCUCCAACGGCUUCCCAGGUCCCCAAGGGCCUUAUUACUGUGGAGUGGGAGCAGAUAAGGCAUACGGGAGAGACGUGGUGGAGGCGCACUACAGAGCCUGUCUGUACGCCGGGGUCGACAUCUGUGGCACCAACGCUGAAGUCAUGCCAGCUCAGUGGGAGUUCCAGGUUGGUCCAACUGAAGGUAUCAACAUGGGGGACCAUCUAUGGGUCGCUCGCUUCAUCCUCCACAGAGUGUGUGAGGACUUCGGGGUGGUGGUCUCCUUUGACCCCAAACCAAUCACAGGGAACUGGAAUGGUGCUGGCUGCCACACCAACUUUAGCACAAAGGAGAUGCGCGAGGAUGGCGGACUAAAAAUCAUUGAGGAGUCGAUCGACAGGUUGGCGAAGAGACACCAGUAUCACAUCCGUGCCUACGACCCCAAAGGAGGGCUGGACAACGCCAGGCGCCUCACCGGACGCCACGAAACCUCCAGCAUUGAUGAGUUCUCGGCAGGCGUGGCCAACCGCGGCGCCAGCAUCCGCAUCCCCCGCGCCGUGGGGCAGGACAAGAAGGGCUACUUCGAGGACCGCCGUCCGUCAGCCAACUGCGACCCGUACAUCGUCACUGAGGCUCUGGUGCGCACGUGUCUACUCAAAGAAGAGGGAGAGGAGCCCAUAGAUUACAGAAAAUGAACAAUGUCAAUACCAGUACUGUAUUUAGCCAUGUCUUAUCAAGGCUUUAUAGAUUGAUCUUUACCACUUUUUUUACACAACAGAUGAAAUAAUUAUAGAAGAAUUGUUUGUGCAUACUUUAUGCAUUUAGUUGUAUGCAACCUCUAGAACACUGCCAACACAUUUAGUCAUGGCAGCUAAUACCGUGUAUAGAAUUACAUUAUUGUAAUGUGUUAAGUUGUACUAAUGAAAACCUGUUGAAGUUUAGCAGGUUUUGCUGAAUAUCUUGUUACUCUGACCCAAAGGAUCCCUAAGGCAUUUGAAUGUUUUGAAACGUUGGUUUCCUCGUGUUGUCGUUAGAAGAGGUCCAUAUGUAAUCUACUUUUUAUGUUGUUUUGUAUAAUGCUGUGUGUUUUCACUUGCAAAUGUCAAAAAAAUAAACACUAACAUUUGUA